AUGGUUGCACCAUUUGGCACCCACAGCUUUCCUCCUUCCGGUCCACCCUCCGUGGAUCAGUCUCUCAUGUUUGUGCCUCACCUUCGGCCUGAGCUGGCUCUUCAGCUUGGCCCCACCAGGGGCCUUCUUCCCCGGCUCCGCCCGUGCGCCUUCGACGACCCCAUGGAGUGCGGCGAGACGGCCGAGCCACCCGACGCUUCCUCCGACGCCUCCGCGCCGUCCGCGCCGUCCGCGUCUGCGCGGGCGCGGCCGGCGGCGCUGCGCGGCUGGAGCGGCGGGGAAUCGGGGGCCGAUUCCCGGGAUUUGCCCAUGUCCUUGGAUGACUCGAUGGAUCCCAAGAGGAUGGCCUCGAGGAAGGGCACCUGGACGUCAGAGCGCAUGGUGAAGUUGACCACUGGCAACAGUAGCGGCAUGGGGAGCCCGCGCUUGGGUUUGGGCUCGCCGACCUUUUCGAUGCGCUCCUCGCUGGACCGGCUGGAGCAAAAGGGCAGCGCCACCAAGACCAAAGGUGGCAUCGGCGCCAACUUCAUCAAAGCGACCAACAGAGAUACACUGAGCCAGCCGAGGAGCAGUUAUGACCCAACAGCACUGGCCCGGCGGUUGGCGAAGUGUGCCCGCUUCUCCAACUUCAUGGUGCUGGUGGUCAUCGUGGACUCCAUUUGCACCUGCAUGGACAUCGACGCCCGAGCCGCAGUGGAGGAUGUGCCCUUAGCGGUAGAGGUGUUAUCGAAUACGGCCUUGGGCUUGUACACCGUGGAAUUUGUCGUGGUCUUGAUCUUGCGCGGCUGCAAGAUGUUGAGGGAAGUGGCAACCUGGUUGGACCUCUUGAUCAUCGGUGGCAUCGGCAUCGAAAAAGAUCUCCAAGCAGGCCACCGACAACUCCAUGAUCCCUGGCGAUGGAGUGAUUUGAGCGUUUCGCCGUUGCAGCAACGGAUCUCCAUCAUCCGCGUGCUGCGCUUGGUGCGCAUCUUUCGCAUCACCCGCGUCCUACAGCGGACGCGGGCGCUGCGGGAGCUCUCCAAGCUCGUGAGUAUGAUGACCACGUGUUUGAAGGCCCUUAUAUGGUCCUUCAUUUUUUGCUUCGUGAUCAUGACCGUUUGGGCGAUGCUCAUGGUUGAGUUUAUCCACCCACUCAUUCAGGAGCUUCACUUUGAAGAAAACGCCUUUAGUGAUUGCUCUGACUGCCACAAAGCCACGAGAUCUGUCAUGCACGCCAAUGUGCUGCUCUUCAAGACGGUGAUUGCCGGCGACAGUUGGGGCCAAAUUGCCGUCCCCGUGAUCGAUGAAUAUCCCGGGACGGCGAUCAUCUUCAUGGGCAGCUUGUUGACGUUGGUUUUUGGAGUUCUGAAUCUCAUCGUGGCAGUUGUGGUCGACACCUUUGCGGAGGCCCGCCAGCGGGACGUGCUCAACCUUGCCGAGGACCUUGAGGUGGACCUCGCCAAUGACCAGAAAGUCCUGCAGAGGAUGUUUGAUCGGAUUGACGCUGAUGGCAGUGGCAUGUUGAACUUCGAGGAGCUGGUGGAAGGUGCACGGAAAGACCCCGAAUUCCAGAGUCGACUGCGGGUAAUGGACAUCGAUGAGUCCGACCUGCGUCAGCUCUUCGACAUGAUCGACGGCACCGGCGAGGGCGAGAUCCAGAGCGCGGAGUUCAUCGCGGCGUUGUCGCGCUGGGUGCGCGACUCGAAGACGGCUCCCCGCUUCGUGAAGUACAACAUGCUCAGGUCUUUGCAGAUGCAGGAGGACUUGUAUGACAUUGUACAGGAGCAGUUCGAUAUCCUGGCUGCACAGAUUGAACACUCGAACCUUUGCUUCGAGCAGGUCCUUCGGGACAAUGGCCUGCUGAUCAACGACGCUCAGUUCGGCGCCAGCAACUCGCAGUCGCCCGACUUCUUCCGGCGCCAAGUGACGGCGUGGGACAAGUUCGAGGAGGCCACGGCCCAGGCCUCCACGGGCGGCGACGUGGUCGCCGGGUCGACUGUGGGGACACCUGUGAGCCACGAGGGGCCGAGCCCGGAGCAGCCUCACGCGAGCCGAAAAGUGGCGACACUCCUGGAACCACUCAGAGAGGCGAAGGUGCCGCACGACGCGGGGCCGUUCCACCGCGAUGACGGCGAGACCGCACGUGCCGCCUUUGCACAACUGGAGACCGUGGUGCUCAAGGCCACCGAGGCGGCCUUGCGGCGCUCCUUCGUGGUCUUGGAGCAUGCGCUGCCGCAGUUGCAAUCGAAGGGGGUCAGCGAGUGCUCGCGGGGAUCGAGCCAAUCUUUGGGCGACGACGCGAUGACGACGCCCAACGCCUUUCUGCCGCGGACGCGGCCGCGGAUCAGUGUGCGGCACGGGCGGAUGGGCAUCCAAGCCGUGCCCAGCCAUAGGUCUUCCUCCUUCGAGCAUCCCACCACCAGCGCCGCACUCGGGAACGAGUCACGGACGGCGUCACGGGCCUCGCGGCAAAGCCACGGCCACACGCGUCCAGCGCGACGCUUGGUGCGGACACCCAUUGGAGUCUUUAGCCCGCCCGGGGCCUCAAUUGGCCUGGCCUCGACGGAGUUCCGCGAACGCCGCUCCUCGAACCCCGAGAAGGAGCGCGAGGCCGAGCAGGUCGAGGUGACGAGGUCGAGGAGUUGCAAUCCACGGAUCAUAUGA